CCCCGUGCCGCAGCGGCGGGCGGGCCCUGCUCCCCGCUCCUCGCUCCCGGCCCCGCUCCCGGCGGCGGUGCAGGUGGCCGGGCCGCACUGGAACGCGCUGGAGCCCGGCCAAGAUGCUGCGUCUGGCUGCCUUUGCAGCACUGCUGCUGUUCUUCAGGGUCAGCCUGGAGCUGUCCUGGGCCCAAGCCAUCCCUGCUCUCUUCAUCUUCUACCUGGGAUCAGGGGGAUGGGACUUCUUCCUCAUAUUCAUCAAGACAAUACGAAGGGAUGUCACCACGGGGCUGGUUCUGCUGCGGGUGAAGUGGCAGGUGUGGAGGCACGUGAAGGAGAAGAAUACAAUCGCCAAGAUCUUCCAGAGAACUGCAAGCAAGUAUCCAGAGAAAACAGCGCUGAUCUUCCAAGGCACGGACGAGAGCUGGACCUUCCAGCAGCUGGAUGAGUACUCCAACCAAGUGGCCAAUUUCUUCCAUGGCCAAGGCUUCCGCUCUGGUGACGUGGUGGCUCUGUUCAUGGAGUCCCGCAAUCAGUACGUGGGGCUGUGGCUCGGCCUGGCCAAGAUCGGGGUGGAGACGGCCCUGGUGAAUUCCAACCUACGCAUGGAGGCCUUGCUGCACUGCAUCACCAUCUCCAACUCCAAGGCUGUGGUUUUUGGAGUGGAAAUGAUGGAAGCUAUGAAGGAGGUGCAGUCCUCCAUGGAGAAGUCUGUCCAUCUCUUCUGGUCAGGAGAAGGAAGCCUUGAGUCCGCACUUCCUGGUGCAAAGCACCUGGAUCCCCUCCUGCAGACAGCUCUUCGACACCAGCCAGAUCCCCCUGAGAAGGGCUUUCUCGAUAAACUCUUCUAUAUCUACACCUCUGGUACUACGGGAAUGCCCAAGGCUGCUAUUGUGGUGAACUGCAGGUAUUUCCGCAUGGCCAGCUUGGUUUUUUACGGUUUUCGCAUGAGACCCGAUGAUGUGAUGUAUGACUGCCUUCCACUUUACCACGCCGCAGGGAACAUCGUGGGGAUCGGGCAGUGCUUGCUGCAGGGCAUGACAGUCGUCAUCCGCAAGAAGUUCUCAGCCUCGCACUUUUGGGAGGACUGCGUGAAGUACAACUGUACGAUUGUGCAGUAUAUUGGAGAGAUCUGCCGCUACCUGCUGAACCAGCCCUACCAGGAGGUGGAGCGGCAGCACCGGGUGCGCAUGGCGCUGGGCAAUGGGCUGCGAGCUUCCAUCUGGAGAGAGUUCAUGGCCCGCUUUGGCAUCACCCAGGUGGCUGAGUUCUAUGGGGCCACCGAGUGCAACUGCAGCCUGGGGAACUUCGACAAUAACGUCGGGUCCUGUGGCUUCAACAGCAGGAUCUUGCCAGGGGUGUACCCCAUUGGCUUGGUGAAAGUGGAUGAAGACACCAUGGAGCUGAUCCGCGGGCCGGAUGGUGUCUGCAUCCGCUGCAAACCAGGGGAGCCGGGGCAGCUGGUGGGCCGCAUUGUCAAGAGCAACCCCCUGCAGCACUUUGAUGGCUAUCUGAAUCAGUCAGCCACCAGCAAGAAAAUUGCCAGGGAUGUGUUUGCAAAAGGGGAUGCUGCCUAUCUCACAGGGGAUGUCCUGGUGAUGGACAAAUACGGCUACAUGUACUUUCGGGACCGCACUGGAGACACAUUCCGCUGGAAGGGAGAGAACGUCUCCACUACUGAGGUGGAGGGGACACUGAGCCGCAUCCUCAACCUGACAGACGUGGUUGUAUACGGGGUGGAGAUCCCAGGCAUUGAAGGGAAGGCAGGAAUGGCAGCCAUCGCUGACCCAGAGAACUCCUGUGACCUGGAGGGCUUUGCCAGCCAGCUGAAAAAGGCCCUGCCACUGUAUGCACAGCCUGUCUUCCUGCGGUUCUUGCAUGAGGUCUCCAAGACAAGCACCUACAAAUUCCAGAAGAUGGAGCUGCGUAAGCAGGGCUUUGACCCCACACUGGUGAAGGACAAGUUGUACUUCUUGGACUGCAGGCAAGGCCGCUACCUGCCCUUGGACCAGGAGGCAUUUGACAGGAUCCAGUCGGGACAGCAGAAGCUGUAACAGUGGGAAUCAAGCAAGGCAGCUCCCCAAAUCUUGCUGGGGGAAGAGGGGCAGGGCAGGCACUGGGGAAGGAAAGGUUCAAGGAGUGGUAUAAAGGCACACUAGAGUUUUUGUUUGACAAGUUUUACAGAUCACGGGUUGGGGAAAUGCAGCUGGGACUCAGGGGAGGGAGAUGGUUACAUACCAAAGCAUAAACUCAUUAUGGCUUUAUUUUCUACUUGGUACAGUGGUGAUGGUCCCAUGCCACAGGAGGGGCAGGACCCUGGCCAGUUGGGGAGGGGUGGGGGUGCCCCUGCCAUUCCAUUUUGCUUUUCCUGUCUUUCCCUCCCUUUUCUUGCCUGCAGCAAUCCUUCGUUAUGAAGCCUAUGAAGGGACCAUUGCUGGGCUCUUUUCCCCACUCUUCCACCGUGCACCCAGCUCCUACCUGGCACCAGCAGAGGGUGCCAGGUGCAGCCCCUACCCCUGUGUGGCCCACUGGUGUCAUGUUCGUGCUGUGAAUCAGGGAAGCAGGGUAGAGCUGGGCUCAGGAGAGGGAUAGGGAUGUGUUUCUACUAUGCCUUGCUCUCUCCCGAGGUUGACAUUUCUGCUUUUCACAAUCACAUCACGCACAUUAUACACGUAUAUAUACAUAUAUUAUACACGCUGACUUUUUUUUUUCAAUCUUAAUUUAUUGUCUGUACUUUUGAAUGUGUCCCGGGUUUGUGCAGUAGGUGGAGGGAUAUCCUAGACCUGUCCUCUCUUGGAGAGCCCUUUUCUCUCGCAGGGAGAUAGGAUGAUCAUCUGGGACUGAUUCUCCUCUUCCAGCAUGGGUGCAGCCAUGUAUGUCCUUGUGGCCUUGCUCCAUGGUGAAGGACAUGAGUAAACCCUGCUAUCUUGCGGGCAGUUUUCUGGGUCUCUUACUUCCACCUUUCAUGGAUGCAGCCUUGUUUUGUGCACCUUCUUUCCUGUAUAAAAUAGGUGGGAAAGUGGCAAUGAAGGGUUUGGUUUGCCUUUGCUUAAACGUACUCAGCACCUUGGGAUCACAGAGCAACUCUAGGAACUUUCCUGCUAUGAUAUCUGUGUCCUGAAUAUGGGAGGCAACUUGCCUGGAAGGGAGAAAAUCCUCCAGAGAGUUGUCUCUGUGACAGCCUGAUUUCAUGUGCUCUGUGCCCCUUCCUAGAAGAGCCUAACCCAACUCUGCUGCAGGAGCUGGGCCUCUGAACUGAAAUGUCCAUGUUAAACACUCGACUUGCGCUAUGUGAAUUCUCUGCAUUGUGUCUGAUGUGAAGCAGCCUUAGCAGCAAUGUCUGAUUCCAGUCUUUGGAGACCAAGCAGAAACAUCUGUUCCAGAGAAACUCUGGUUUGGAAUUAUUAUUAUUAUUUUUUAAUGGUUUGUUUUUAUGCUUUCAGCAGGGUUAAUCCUUAAAAUGACUUCUGUCUUUUGUGAGGGCAGGGUGUGUUUGCUCUUCUAGCUGUGCUUCCACACCACCAUACCUGCCUGCCCCAGUCUGUCCUGUCCUCACAAUUAAAUACGAGUACGGGCUAUGCUGGAGUUUCCUACUUCUUGCUUGCGUGGUCCUACUGUGUUUGGGAGGAGGGAACUGUGGUGGUUUGGGAACUGGGAGCUGCUACUCCCAGAGCAUAAUCUCUCUGUGUGUACUUAUCUCAGGGCAGGGAGCAGUGAGCCCUUUACAGCUGUGUUGAUGCCUGUAUGAACACCACCUGUUGGUGAGACCCUCCCCACCCCUCUCUACCUGCUCCCCUUUUCUCCCAGCCAUCUUUUCAGUAUUGCCAUCCCAGUUUGUCCUGGAUCUGUUCUUGUUUACCCCAAAAUGUCCAUCCUCCUCCUCCCCUCUCCCUGCUUGCUCCUCUCCUCAACUUUUGCCAUGCUUAAUCUCCCACCUCAUUUCUCAGCUUGCAGUUUGGGUUUUUUUUGUACUCAUUUCCCUUCCCUUGCUGCCAGAACCAUUCUUAAACCUUCUCCAUCCUGCUCUGGGGAAGGAUCAUAUUGAAGGGUCUGCUCGUGGCUGCUGUAUGGGACAGGAGUGGCACAAUGCCCAUCUGCUCAGCAGGUGCUCAGGUCUCACUUCUGGACGCUGUUCCUCUCUCAGUCUGCCAGUGGAGGGCAGGCUGGGAGCAGCAAACACCUCGUUUCAGUGGGCUCCUCAGCCUAGGGCUUGCAGCCCUUGGGAGGAGGAGGGCACUGAAACUGGGGAUGAGUUAACCAAAGUGGGGAUGGGUCUGAUCCUGCCUGGCACGGAGAGGAAGAUUUGGAUAGCUGUGAUUGUGCUGUACGUGGAUCCAGUGGGUAUCCACGGUGCCCCAGGCUCUGCCUGGAGGAAACUGCAGCUGCUCCAGGGCUACCCUGAGUUUCUGGACCACUGCUGAACAGCAGCCUGAUGCGAUGGGUAACUCUGCUACAGAGAUCAAGUGAGAGUCUAGCCUCCCUGAAGGCAGUCUUGGGGGCUGCUGUCUGGAAAUAAAUGGUUUGAAGUGCUAUCAGAAGCACUUUUCUCCCUGGAAGAAACAGACAUCCUGCUGUGCAUGCCAAGCUGCUCUCAGAAGAGGCAUGGGAAGGUCCUCUUUUCCUGCAUUUCCCUGUCUGAGAGCAAGUUAUGAUUCAAACAAGCAAACUGCAUUCAGAGAAACUGCAUGUUCAAUGCAGGUGCAAAUAACAUCAGCAACUUACAGAAUUACGGCAGUAGUUUGUAAGUAAAAAUCAGUCUGUAUUGCCAGAAGGACUAGGGUCUGGCUGGAGCAGGGAGGAAAAAUGAAACCUAGAUGUGAGUGCCACUGAAGCUGCCACCCCACAUGCUCUGCUGAGUCCUGGGUCAGUGCUGGGAGAAAAUGCUUCCAGCAGAGAGGUGCUUGGAAAGGAGUAGCCAGUGCCUAAUCUGAGUCUGACUGUUUGUUCUAAAUUUCUUUUUGCUUUUUUUAAGGAAGAAACUAAUUGAAUCCUGUAUGAUUAGAGACAGCCUGUGAGAUUUAUCUCCCUCCUUUGAUCAAUAAGCUAAAGUUUGCCUCAACAGCUGCAUAUAGGUAAAAGUACUAUAUAGAAAGUAUGAGGUUUUUGGGUUUUUUUUUAAAUUAAAAAAAAUUAAAAAGCUGUUUCCAUGAGGUUAGGAAAGCAUUAAUAAUACUCUCCUGGGUUAUUAGCCAAUUAAUUUAAGCAAAGCUAAAGAGCUUUACAAACCAAAUGUGCUUUUCACCAUAGAGAUGACCAAUUUUUGCGUAUCUGUCACUCUGGCCAGGGGCAAUAUUAAGAAAAACAAGGCUGUAACUUCCUCUCUGAUCAGCAUCUCUUUCCAGCUCUCAGUCCAGCUCAGGCUGUGCUUGAUGAGCAAAACUGGAGGAUAUUUCAAUCCAAAUGCAGGCAGAGGCUCUGCAAGAUGCUCAGGACCAUUCUGCCUGAAAUUAUUUUCUGCUGCUGAGAAUCUGUGAGCAGCUUUAAAGCUGCACGGCUCCCAGCCUCCUCCUUCACCACUCUUCAUCUGCUGAAGCCCUCGCAGACAAUGCCGCCUGCUCCUCCCAGCGCCGGCCCCACAGCUUUGCCUUUAAGAAACAUUCUGGACCUGUCCUUUGGUACACCCUUUAGAAAUGUAAAUAUGUGAUUCCCCUGAGUAGUUCCAGUGUAAGCAGGCCUGAGGCUGGCAGUGGCUUUGCCUCCUCGGCUCCCAGUGGUGUGGUGUCAUGGGCAGCCCAGGGGAACGGCGGCCUGCAGAGAGCACUGCGCUGUGUCUGAGGGCAAGGAGCAGCCAUGUGUUAUGCAGGAAGGCCUCACAGAGAGCCAGGUAGCCGCUCCAGAACCAACUGCCCAUGGCACGUAGCAGGGUGUGAAGACUGGGGAAGGCACAGACGCUUCUCUCUUGUUGACCAUCUCGUUUCAUUGGGGCUUUCAAAAUAACCUGGGGCUUAAGUCUCCUUUCCUCAGCCAGUGGAAAGCAUCUCCCAUAGGCACGACUGCUGCAAGGCCAAGCGUGGGAGAGCUCAGGGCUGUCAGCACGGUCCUGGUGGCACCGGGCACGGCAGAUGAGGGGGACUGAAGACGGGGUCUUCAUGCCCAGAUCCCUGUCUGGUGAAGCAGGACGCGUCCCGCCCCGUCCUCGUGGCUCCGUGCGGUGCUGGGAUGAGCGCCAUCCCUGCCGCACCACAGAAGCCAUGGUGACGUGAGCCUCCCUCCUCGCCCCCGGCCGCAGGAAGAGGCUAACGGCGGCGGGCGAGCCGUGUUCUCAGCUUGGAGUAUCGCUUUCAGCUAUUCUGAAGGUUAAACGCCUGUUUAGAGCUCCCUAUUGAAGGUGGAGACGGGGGUGCGCCAUUGUUCGGCCGCCCUCCCGCUUUGUCUGCCCGCUCUCAGGGGCGCCCUGAAAGGGAAGCGGCCCCGCGGCCCGCACCCGGCAGAAGGGCUCCUGGGGGAGCGCCGCUUCCUCCGCCCUAAUGACAUUCAGGCCUCCAUCGGUUCAGCUCCCGCUUUCUUUCUACUGCAGUUUAACCCGGGCACAGAGGCCGGGCUCCAUCUUACUGAUCUCUGCUUGACACCCAAUUACCACAUGAAUGGCAGAGAAAGGCUGCAAAAGGCUUUAACUCCCCCUGACCCUCCUUCCCCUCUGCCUGCUUCCCCCUCGCCCCGUCCUACCCCCGCACGGAGGGAGUUCAAAACUGAGACUGGAAAUCAAACAAAGCCCCGAGCGGGGAAACCCAUUGUUACCGCCUCGGAGAUGGCUCCCGUUUCGCCAUCCAUUGUUCCCCUUGAAGUUUGACUUGCUGUGUGGAAGGAUGCGAGCAGCUGUUGGUGCAUUCCCCUGAUGUUUUAUUGAAAAAUAAUUGAAUCGUCACUUUGGGGCUCGCUGAUAAAAUGUUUCCUCGUAGCACUGGGCCCUGUUGUAUUCAUAAAGUAUGUUUCCCCGUAAAAUGUGUUGGCAACCCAAACCGUUUCCUGCUUCGAUGGAGGGAUGGAUGCUCCUUCUGCACUCGAGGGACGAAACAAGCAAGCAAACUGAAAACCAAAAACCAAGGGCUGAGACAAAAGAAAUUAAACCAUCUUUACUGUGA